GUUAACCAUAAUCACGUGUUUCCGCGGAAAUUUUUAACUUUUUCCUUUUUUCGGCAAAGGAAUUUCAACACUCCCUACUGGCAGCCAUAAAAAGUUUUAUUCCCUUCAAAUUAUCCCAACAGGUUGUUGCAACAGACAUUUCAGGGGUUAUAUAUAAGAUUGGCAACCCCUUUUCGGCCAGUAUCGCGUAACGCGCCGCCCCUGACGGACGUCCUGCGUUCCCAGUGAUAUCAAAUUGUACUUAGUUACUCGUAAUAUUUUAUCAAGUUCUUUUCUGUAUGAAUGUUCAGUUUGAAGUGUUUGUUCUGGUUUUAUGUGGAUGACUAUGUUUUAGGUACCUCAAAUCUACAAUGUGCAUCCAAAGUGAAGUGAUAAUUCUUAAAUACUCGUGAAGUGUGAGUGUGUGUGACGAUGACGUCAUAUCCGGAGCAUUUUAACGAUACGGUGGUGAGAGUGGUGGAUGAGGGCUUCCCACUGCUGAUGCCGCGGUGGGGAUACGUGGUAUCCGCCUUCGUGCUGUUCCUGAUCGGAUUUUUCGGAUUUUUCCUCAAUUUAAUGGUGAUAUUACUCAUGUUUAAGGAUCGACAGUUAUGGACACCGCUCAACAUAAUCCUCUUCAACCUGGUCUGUUCAGAUUUCUCCGUCUCAGUCCUCGGGAACCCCUUCACCCUCAUAUCAGCUCUGUUCCACCGCUGGAUCUUCGGCAAGACCAUGUGCGUGCUGUACGGGUUCUUCAUGGCUUUAUUAGGUAUAACGUCCAUCACAACAUUGACAGUGAUAUCUUUCGAGAGGUACAUGAUGGUGACGAGGCCGUUGAACUCAAGGCACUUGAGCUCCAAGGGUGCCAUCAUGUCAAUAGUGUUCAUAUGGACGUAUUCCUUGGCGCUGACCACUCCGCCGCUGAUGGGGUGGGGGCAUUAUGUCAACGAAGCUGCUAAUAUUAGUUGUUCAGUGAAUUGGCACGAGCAGUCGAUGAACACACUGACAUACAUCAUGUUCCUCUUCGCGAUGGGCCAGAUCGUACCGUUAGGAGUCAUCACCUUCAGUUAUGUGAACAUCAUCAGAACAUUGAAGAAGAAUUCUCAACGCUUAGGCCGAGUGUCCCGAGCUGAAGCCAAAGCCACAGCUAUGGUGUUCAUCAUGAUCAUCGCCUUCACCGUCGCGUGGACGCCUUACUCCUUGUUUGCCUUGAUGGAGCAGUUUGCCACUGAACGAAUCGUAUCCCCCGGGGCUGGCGUCAUUCCAGCGCUGGUGGCCAAGAGUUCUAUAUGUUAUGACCCUCUUAUCUACGUAGGAAUGAACACACAAUUCCGAAAUUCCAUCAAAAGGAUUUUCGGAAUCCACACCAAAGGAAAGAACUCGCAAACAGAGAAAGGCUACAACAACACUCUCAUGUCUCCAGCCAACAAACUGUCCAGCCUCAAUAACACCAACCGCUUCAACUCCUCAGAAACUAACCUCUCUAGCCUGCAAAAAAGCUCCAAAGACAAGAAGAUUGCCUUCAACGAUGAUGUAUCAGAAAUCACCAACAAUGAGUACCAUCGAACGUUCAACCGAGAUCCCGAACUCUGCACUAUACCAGAAAACAAAAACUCUGAUGCUGAACGGUCAGGCGACACCGUUUACGAUGAAGACAGCAGUAAUAACAGCAAUCAGACAAAGAAACUCGAUCUGUUUGGCGAGUCUUGCAAAGCCGUCAGUAAGAGAUCUCCAAUUUUAACCUUUAUGGACUCCGAACGGUUACUCUUCAGUAAAAUAUCGGAACACGAUAACCCCGAGCCGAGCGGCAGCAAUGUCUUCGGCAACGACGCCUUCGAAGAUCAUUUGACAGACAAAACGAAUAAAGACACUUACAAAACUGAAAACGAGCGACAGAGCUCCGAGAAACAAAAGAUAAUACGGCAAAGUUACUCCUUAGACUUUCCUCGCCUUUCAAACGAUAACAAAAAAAGGAAAAUGUCAAUAGAAACGAAAUUGGAAAGUUUUAUUCAGCCAAAAGGUUUUUUUAAGGAGACAAUUAAUAAAUUAUUUGAUCCUGAAUCGAAACAGGGACACGAUAACUUUAAGAGCUACUUAUGCGAGACGAAAGAAGAGAUAGGACAUGACAACCUGUAGAUACAAAACGAGGUGACUCAAAUGGGAUCAAUGUCAAAUUAUUAGAAACUAUCGGUAUAUUGACAGGGAGGUAUUGUACUUAUUGAUUUUAAAUCCAGGAAUAUAAUUUAAUAUUCAAGACUGUCUAUAAAAUUAGAUGUCAAAACCAUGUUAUUUUUACUCAGUUCGACUUAAUUUUUUAGGCCAUGUUGAGGAUUUUUCCAAAGAGACCGAAGUCGUUUUUUUCGACCGAAUAAUCGCGAACAAAGGGCUACUCGGGCAGUCUAAAAUUAUAUUCCUGAAGUAUUUUAAAAUCUUGGGUAAAGCGGUGCUGUCCUCGACGUAAACGUAAAAGUACGUAAUGUACGUGACGUACUCGACGUACGUGAAUGACGGUAUUAGUCAAAGAUCUGUGAUAUAGAUACGAGUGCCAAGGUAAAAAAUAAGAAAAAUAUUUUUGGGAACGAAAAAAUCUAGACUUAAGUUAAA